AUGAGGAACAAAACAACACAAACAGUGGAAAGGAAAGCUCUCCAUGUAGUAGUACACGAGAAAUCUGGUUUGUUAUUUCAGGGUCUGUUGACGUUCAGGGAUGUGGCUGUGGACUUCUCCCAGGAGGAGUGGGAAUGCCUAGACUCUGUUCAGAGGGCUUUGUACAUUGAUGUGAUGUUGGAGAAUUACAGCAAUCUUAUCUCUGUGGAGAACUAUUUCAUGUGUGCUAUUGUCCAUCAGCAUGUGGAUAGUGAAGAGAAGUAUUCUAAAUGUAAUGAGGUUGGCAAAAUGCUUCAUGAAUCCAGCAUAUCCACAGCUUAUAAAACAAGUAAUACGACAGAAAACUCUAAUAACUUUAGCUGUGACUAUAGUCAUGGGGAUGCCUCAAUUGAAUCAUCAAACCUAAAUAGAUAUAAAAGCAUCCGGGAUAGAGAAGACCCUUGCAAAUAUAAAAACCCAUCAUUUGCCUCUACCUACAAACUUAUGCAACAAGCAAUCUGUAUUGGAGAGAAACCACACAAAUUUAGGAAGUACGGAAAAUGCUUUGGUUCCUGCUCAAGCCUCACUGGACAUCCAAGAAUUCAUAUUGAAAAAAAACUUUAUAAAUGUGAUGUUUGUGACAAAUCUUUUACCCAUUGCUCAAACCUUAGAACACAUAAAAAAAUUCAUACUGGAGAGAGACCUUACAGAUGCAAAGAAUGUGGUAAGUCUUUUCUUCAGUUGUCAGCUCUUAAAAGCCAUUACAUUGUCCAUACUGGAGAGAAGCCUUACAAAUGUCAGGAAUGUGACAAAUCCUUUGCCCAUUGUUCCACUUUCAGGAGACAUAAGAAAAUCCAUACUGCUGAGGAACUUUAUAGUUGUCAAGAAUGUGGCAAGGUGUUUUAUCAGUUGCUAUACCUUAAAAGCCAUUACAAAACCCAUAUUGGUGAGAAGCCUUACAAAUGCAAUGAAUGUGACAGAUCGUUUAUUCACUGUUCAUCUUUUAGAAAGCAUCAGAAAAUACAUUCUGUAGAGAAACUAUACAUGUGCAAAGAAUGUGGUAAGUCUUUCCUUGAGUUGUCACAUCUUAAUAGGCAUUACAGAACUCAUACUGGAGAGAAGCCUUAUAAAUGUGAAGAAUGUGACAAAUCAUUUACUACAAACUCAAUUCUGAAAACACAUCAGAAAAUUCAUUCUGGAGAGAAACCUUACAAAUGCAAAGACUGUGACAAAUCCUUUACUCAACAUUCAAAUCUUAGAAGGCAUCAGAGAACUCAUACCGGAGAGAAGCCUUACAAAUGUCAGGAAUGUGACAAAUAUUUUACCCGGUUCUCAACUCUGAGAAGACAUCAGAAGAUUCACAUUGGAGAUAAAAAUACCACUGUAAGUAAGGUGACAUAUUCUUUAUCCCGAUCUUUAUCUUUGCGAGCCGCAACAGGAUCUAUAAUAGAGAGAAACAAGGACAUAAGAAACUUUUGAAAACCUUUAAUGAAGGUUGAAAUCUUAGAAAAUAUCACAAGAAUUUAUACUGAAGAAAAUUCUUGCAGGUGUAAAAAUGUGAGAAAAACCUUCAAGGAAAACAUUUUUGUAGUACAAUAUCAAAAGUAGAUACAAUGAGGAUAAAAAUGUAGGAACCUAAAGAAUGGAACCAGACUAUUAGUUUUUAUACCAGUCUUGUUGUAUAUCAGAAAACCCAUACUGAAAAGAAAUCAUAUAACAUGUAUACCUGUGUGUUAUCCCAGUGUCUUGCAGUUCAUUGGAAAUUCUACACACUACAGAAUUCUCAUAAUGCAUUCAAUUUGUCAAUUUUUUUUUCUGAUGCUAAAAUUGUACACAAAUUAGAAGACUCAUCCUGAAAGAAACCCAAGAAAAUGCCUUAAUAAAAGUUCA